UACAACAAUUAUACAAAAACACCGUCCUAUGAGUUACGGAUUUUUAGUUAAGGCGUCUGAAAAUGUUUCAAUAGAGUUGUUAACACAAUUUAACAUACCGAUUGGACCAGUUAUAUACCGAGGUAGUGAAAGCAGGCAAGACGUGGCAAAACAUUUUAUACAGAAUAUCACUGACGUUGCCGAGAAAAUAGAAAAAUUAUUAAAGACAAACAUUGCUCUGACCAUGACCGAUGAAGACACAGCUAAACAUAAUUCAUGUUUUAAAUGUAAUUUAUGCAAAUGUAGUGUUGAUACAUACACCCGUGUCCGUGAUCACGAUCAUUUGACUGGGAAAUUCAGACAGACCUUGUGUAGUCGGUGUAAUCUAAGUCUUAAACAACCAAAUUACGUUCCAGUUUUUAUCCACAAUCUAUCCAACUAUGAUGCACAUUUCAUUGUAACCGAACUAGGUUAUAAUUCAAAAAGAAUAAAAGUAAUUCCGAACAGCGAGGAGAAAUACGUUACUUUUUCAAAAUAUAUAAGUAACGAUUUUACCAUCAGAUUCGUGGAUACUUUUAGAUUUAUGGCUACAAGCCUAUCAACUCUCGCCAACAAUCUAAUAACGCCAAACUUGGAAAAAUUCCGUAUAACGGCAAAACAUUUUUCCAACAAUGAUUUACCGCUCGUCACCCGUAAGGGUGUAUAUCCUUACGACUUCACUGAUGAUUGGUCUAAGCUCGAACAAACCUCUUUGCCGCCUAUAGAAGAUUUUUAUAGCGUUCUGACAGAAGAACAUGUUAAAGAUACGGAAUAUCAGUUUGCGGUAGAAGUUUGGAACCACUUCAAUUGUCAAACGCUGGGCGAAUAUUCCGAUCUAUAUUUAAAAGUUGAUGUUUUACUUCUGGCGGAUGUUUUUGAAAAUUUCCGGGACCUUUGCUUGAAUACAUACCAUUUAGACCCGGCAUACUAUUAUACAGCACCGGGGUUCUCUUUCGACGCAAUGUUGAAAUACACGGCGAUAAAACUAGAAUUACUGUCGGAUUAUGAAAUGCUUCUCAUGUUUGAAGACGGUAUUCGAGGUGGACUGACACAAGCCAGCAUGCGGUAUGCAAAAUCAAACAACGAAAAAACACCAGAUUACAACCCGGCAGAUCCGAAAUCAUGGCUUGUGUAUCAGGAUUGCAAUAAUCUUUACGGCUGGGCAAUGUCUCAGUUUAUGCCCUACGGAGAUUUCAAGUGGGUUAAACCAUCACUCGACGGCUUAUACGAUUUGACUGAGGAUUCGCCCAUAGGACGGGUUUACGAGGUUGACAUUGUUUAUCCGAAAAAUUUACAUAAUAAACAUAACGACUUACCAUUCCUGCCACAAAACAGCGUACCACCAGGUUCAAAAGUACGCAAACUCAUGGCUACAUUUGAGCCUAAGAAAAAUUAUAUUAUUCACUAUCGAAACCUCCAGCAAGCCUUAAACAAUGGUCUCAUAGUUGAAAAGGUGCAUAGAGUUAUUCAAUUCAAGCAAUCACCUUGGCUUGCCCAGUAUAUUGAAUUAAACACUAAUAUGAGGAAAAAGGCGGAAAAUGAAUUUGAGCGGGAUUUCUUCAAAUUGAUGAACAAUGCUGUAUUCGGAAAAACGAUGGAAAACGUUCGUAAACGUAUGGACAUGGAGCUUGUAUCGUGCAACCGACGUUUGCAGAAAUUAAUUAACAGAUCGACAUUUAAAUAUUCCACCACCUAUACCGAAAACUUAAACGCAGUAACAUUAGAAAAAAAAAAUCAUUGAUUUUUGUAAACCUAUUUAUAUCGGUCUCGCGGUUCUUGACAUAAGCAAGAGUUUAAUAUAUGAUUAUCAUUAUAACGUAAUGAAAAGCCACUAUGGGGAUAAAAUCGAGUUGAUGUAUACCGACACAG